AUCCUAUAUCCCUUCAAGACUCUCUCUACCGAUACUGAAGCCAUGGGUGCUCUCGCUCAACACCUUGCGCCCCUCGAAGCUCAUGACAGCAGGCCAAUUGUCAUUGGCAUCUACGGUGUGCCCGGUGCUGGCAAAUCAUUCCUCCUGAGCAGGCUCGAGACAGUACUUAACAAUGGAUCGGAGCGCUUCAGCUUCUAUGAAGGCACACAGGUCAUUUUGCAGAUCGUCUCUGGCACACUGGAAGCGUUCCAGAAACUCCCAGAGGCCGACAAGACCCUGUACCGCCAACAGGCCAUCAUCAAGAUCAGAGACUCUGUGGCGGCCUCUGGCCAUCCAGCCAUCGUGACGGGACACUGGAUGUUCUGGCCCGAAGGCGAGGCAGGGCAGUAUGUGUACACUCAGCAUGACCUUGCCGUCUACACUCACAUCGUCUACCUCGACACCCCUGCGGACAUCAUCAUCCAACGCAGGCAGGGAGACCUAACCCGAGCCCGCGAGCCUGUAUCGAGGGAGCACAUUCGCGCGUGGCAGUGCGAGGAAAAGACGCAAAUCCGCCGCGUUUGCCACAAACACGGCAUCUUGUUCUCCACGGUGGGCACAGCUCGACCAUCAGAGACCGAGACAGAGGUCUUGAGCCUCAUUCGAGGGUUCAUCAAGCAAACCGAGGAGUCCAACACUCGCUUGGCCAAAGAAGUCCUGGACGAUGGACUCCAGCGCGGUACAGAAGACCUGGAGACGGUGCUGGUCCUUGACGGCGACAAGACCUUGAUCGCAGAGGAUACGGGCACUUUAUUCUGGAAAGCCAUUGCUCAGAAUCGAGAGUCAAGCGAGGAAGCUGAGGAUCCUUUGCAGACACUGUUCAGCGGACCUCUUGGCUACUCCUUUCUCGCCUUCUGCCAGGCCAAUCUGCUCUAUGAAGAAGCAAAUCACAACUUGGAUUUCCAAAAGACCUGUGAUGCAGUAGCAGCACAAGUAUCGCCCCAUGCAGAGUUUCUACGGCUCCUUGAGAAGGUGGAAACUUCGCACCACACAAGGGCGGUCGUCGUCACCUGUGGACUCGCUGUUGUCUGGGACAAGAUACUGAGACGUGCGGGCCUGACCCGAUGCACUGUGGUGGGCGGUGGUCCCAAUGGCGACAGAACGCUCGUGGUGACUGCCCAGGUGAAAGCUGCCUUAGUAGACCACAUACAGCAUGUCCUGCACUGCCACGUUCUCGCAUUCGGUGACAGUACUCUGGACAUCCCCAUGCUUUCCAAGGCAGAUGAGGCUUUCAUUGUGGUGGGCAACGAGCAAACAAGGUCCAGGAGCAUGGAAGCAGCGCUGCUGGGCGCCAUCGACAGCGGUGGUCUUCAUGCGCGGCAGGUCUUGUUGCCUCACAAUGUCCCACCGCGCCUAGAUCUCCACCGGCUACCAGCCGUCGACAUUACAGACCCAGCAUUCGCCGAGACGGUUUUCCGCAGUCGAACCCCGAGACCAGGUUCCCGGGUCCUCCACUCUUCCGACAAGAACGCUGCCAAGCUCCUCAUGACGCCGACCCGCGACGCCGCAGUCGCCGGACCAGCCCUCCGAGAAGCCCAUCGCCGCGUGGGGUGGUACCUUGCCACCACCUUCCUCGGUGAUCUUCUCGGCGUCGAGGAGCAUCUCAUCCCGCACGUUCAGGGCCAUCACACCAGUGGCUACCGGCUCGCCAGCGAGAACCAAACUCUGAUUGUCGCCGUGAUGCGCGCCGGCGAGCCCAUGGCCUUUGGCGUCAGCGAUGUCUUCCCGCUGGCCCUUUUUGUUCAUGCGAAACGGCCUGAGGAUAUAUCCCAGCAUCUCGCGAGAGGAGACCCUCUGCGCGUCGUGAUCCUCGUCGACGCGGUCAUCAACAGCGGCAAGACGGCUCUGGAGUUUGUUCAGCUCAUCCGUCGCUCCGACCCUGACCUGCGCAUCGUGCUCGUCGCCGGCGUCACCCAGGCCAAGGCCGUCACUGGGAAUGGAGGGCUUGCGCAGGCGGUCGCGCAGGACAGCUGCCUACAUCUUGUCACCCUUCGCUUGUCGAGCAACAAGUACACUGGGAGUGGCACUACUGACACGGGCAACCGCCUGUUCAAUACGACGCAUUUGUCUUGAGAGAGAGGAGAAUGAUGGCAAGAGAGGAGGGCGAGUCUUAAAUACUUUCAUCCUUUCUUUUUUCUUUCUCUUUUAUGAGGUAGCUUCUUUAUACAGGGCACACAUGAAGGACUAUAGGCCAGGAAAGCUGUGUCAGUUGUGUUGAUGAUGCUGCUAUGGCCUGUUGCAGAAUACACAAUGUUUAUCCUCUGGAAAAUGCUCAAUAAUCUUGUUUCAACCC